GAGCCGUCAUAUUGCGACAAGGACUAUUAAAUACAUAUAUAUAAACCACUGCGUUUCACCUGCAAGGCGAAGGACACAUACAGGGUUUCUCCUCUGUGUUGUGGCCGCGCUCGGGAGACUGCUGCGUGCACGCGUCGUCUCCGUGGAUACUACGUGAAGCGCUCGUGCCUUAUUUGUCUUUUUUCCCGCUUUGCGGUCCUUCGCCUUCAAACAACCUGCCGUGAAGAUCGAAGACACACCCGAGUACCCUCCAGGUUUUUCUCAUUUCCACAGAAAGUAAUCUAAUAAGGACAUUUGGCAUCACUAUCACACCGGUGCUCUCCUCACCGCAGAAACUCCUGGACAUUUCCUGGCAUCUAGAAGAAACCUGGCAGAGCUUUUGGCUGUGGAAUUUAUUCUUAGAGUGAAUCCUCUGUGGCAUUUAAACCCUUCUUUAUCAGACUAUCACCCUCCAUUUUUCUCACACUGUAGUGUCUGCUCAGGUGAAAAGUGCAGGCCUCACCCUCCUGCGUAAUGACGGUGGCAACAGGAGAUCCCUCAGACGAGGCAGCAGCACACCCAGGCCACCCUCAGGACUAUGACGCUGAGGGAGAACAGGAAUGCUGCGAACGAGUUGUCAUCAACAUAUCAGGCCUGCGCUUUGAGACACAGCUCAAGACCCUCUCACAAUUUCCAGAGACAUUACUUGGUGAUCCAAAAAAGCGAAUGAGAUACUUUGACCCUUUAAGGAAUGAGUAUUUCUUUGAUAGAAACCGACCAAGCUUUGAUGCCAUCCUCUACUACUACCAGUCUGGAGGAAGGUUACGACGCCCUGUAAAUGUCACUGUGGAUAUAUUUUCAGAGGAAAUUCGGUUUUAUGAGCUUGGGGAGGAGGCUAUUGAGAUGUUCAGGGAGGAUGAAGGGUUCAUUAAGGAAGAGGAGAGGCCUUUGCCUGAUAAUGAAUUCCAAAAGCAGGUCUGGUUGUUGUUUGAAUAUCCAGAAAGUUCAGGACCAGCAAGGAUUAUAGCCAUCAUAUCUGUCAUGGUAAUUCUCAUUUCUAUAGUCAGCUUCUGUCUAGAGACUCUGCCUAUAUUUCGUAGUGAUGAUGAGGAUAUGCAUAAAGUCCACACAUAUAAUAGCAACUCCACCACACACUAUGUGUCCACCUCCUUUACUGAUCCUUUCUUUAUCCUAGAGACACUCUGCAUAAUUUGGUUCUCCUUUGAAUUCCUGGUCCGGUUCUUCGCCUGCCCCAGUAAAGCCAGCUUCUUCGUGAACAUUAUGAAUAUGAUCGAUGUGGUGGCUAUUAUUCCCUACUUCAUUACACUUGGAACAGAACUGGCAGAGAAAGCAGAGGAUGGUCAGCAAGGGCAGCAGGCCAUGUCCUUAGCCAUCCUGCGUGUCAUCCGACUAGUGAGGGUCUUCAGGAUCUUCAAGCUCUCACGUCAUUCGAAGGGACUUCAGAUCCUGGGGCAAACCCUGAAGGCCAGCAUGAGAGAACUUGGAUUACUCAUCUUCUUCCUUUUUAUUGGAGUCAUCCUCUUUUCCAGUGCUGUCUACUUUGCUGAAGCAGACGAACCUGAGUCGCAAUUCUACAGUAUCCCAGAUGCCUUCUGGUGGGCUGUGGUUUCUAUGACGACUGUUGGUUAUGGAGAUAUGGUGCCCACCACCAUUGGUGGCAAAAUCGUUGGAUCUCUUUGCGCUAUUGCUGGAGUGCUGACCAUUGCCUUGCCAGUGCCUGUUAUUGUCUCAAAUUUUAACUACUUCUACCACCGUGAAACAGAGGGUGAGGAGCAAGCCCAAUAUCUGCAGGUUAACACCCCAAAAGCCGAUUCCCAAGAAGAACUGAAAAGAAGUCAAAGUGGUUCUACUAUGAGCAAAUCUGACUAUAUGGAGAUCCAAGAAGGCGUGAACAACAGUAAUGAGGACUUUCAGGAAGAAGACCUCAAAAAAGGCAAUUGCACUUUGGCCAACACAAACUAUGUGAAUAUCAAAAAAAUGCUGACUGACGUAUAAACUGACAGAUUUUGUUACUGGAAAAUGAGGAAUAAGAGGGAGCUAGAUGGUAGCCUUAGUUUGCAAAAGUUCUGAGGCUUUAAAGCUUUAAAGGAUUAAAGUGGAUCACGAAAAGUCAGAACUUCUGUCUUUGACAUGGAAUUUUCUGUCCUGCUCAGAAUUUCAGAAGAUCAGCCCAGCCCCCUAUGUAAGAUCAGCUUCGUAUUCAAACAAUCAUCUGAGUGUGCAUGCAAUUAGCUUUCAUCUGUGUGACUCUCACUAAAAAAUCUAACUUCCCAAAAGAGCAGAAACUGUAGAUACUCAAGGAGGAUUAAGAAACAACUUAAAGGGUUAAAAACUUUAUGUCUUCACAAAAACAACCUGGUACCAUGUAUGUAUCAUCACGGCAUACCAAGCCCUCAAAGUUCAGCUACAUCUCUUUGCUUCUCCAAAGAAAAUAUUAUUAUGCUUCUUUUGCUUUAAGGAAAACAAGACCUCAUGGGGAGUGUAAUAAUAAUGAUAUAAGAUUAUGACAAAAAAAACUUCCUCCACUGUUGCUGCUGCUUAUUAUAGAUGUCUGACAGAAUUAAUCUUUGAACAUGAUAAACACAUUGCACUCAAUCACUUAGCUCAAAGCAUUUAAAUCAUUAUUAAAUCAUUAUUAUUCUCAUUAUCACUAUCUUCCUCCAGACUGAAAAUGUCCUGUAACAGUCUGCUUAAAAAAAAUAUGUCUACCCCUAUAACCUACAUAUCUAUGGACCACACUGAUAUCUGCAUUCUCAUUCACACAAUUUUUUUUUAUUUCAUCAGAUGCUAAUUAUUGCAAAGCUUUCAAGACAGACUGAAAGUUUUUCUGCCAUAUUUUAUGUUUGUGAUAAUGCAGUUAAUCAAAUUUAUGCAGCAUAUAUGUAUAUUAUCUUUUUAAUGAUAUA